AUGGAACGAUCCUCAGUACUCACGUCAACAAAGAGCAUCUGCAAUCAAAUACUACUCCUCGGCGACACCCAUGAUCAACCAAGUCAUCGACCUUGCCGGCUGCCUAUCGAUCAUGCAUUGCGGCCAGAGUGUAACGAGAUUGAUGGGGAGGAUGAUGAUCCUGAUUACACCCCUCUGGCUGAUGUCGCCGAAAUGCAUGAGAGCCCUGUGCGAGAGAGGCCAUCGGACACGCUCGAUCUCACCAUCAAUUCUUUCUUUUUUCCAGUUCUCGUCGUGGUCGCGAACCACCUGUGUCAUCUUCAACAAGAUAAACUUAACUACGUAACCAUCUUCAUCAAACGCUUACAACGAUCUUUUCACAGAGGUUGA